AUGAAGGAGAAGUUGGAAGGGAUGGAACAAGGAAUUAACCCUGCACAAGGGAAGGAACCAAAAGAAAGGGAAAUCCUAAAACUUUAUAUGCCAAAGGCACCAUUUCCUCAAAGACUCAGGGGUGGUGAGAAAGAGAAGACAUACUCUAGAUUUCUGGAUAUAUUCAAGUCUCUCCAUGUCAACAUUCCCUUCAUUGAAGCCCUCCAACAGAUGCCUUUAUAUAUCAAAUGCAUGAAGGAGUUGCUAACCAAGAAAAAUCCAUUAAAAUGUGGACAAACAGUAGUGAUGAAUAAGGAAUGUAGUGCCCUCAUCCAGAAGGACUUGCCUACAAAGAAAAAGGAUCUAAGGAGCUUUCACAUCCCUUGUGCUAUAGGGGAUACAAUGAUUGAUAGAGGGUUCUGUGACUUGGGAGCAAGCAUCAAUCUAAUGCCUAUGUCUCUCAAGAAGAAGCUGCAAAUCAAUGAGUUAAAAUCCACAGAUGUAAUCAUCCAAUUGGCUAACAAGACCCAGAAACAAGCAAUAGGUGUUGUUAAAAAUGUACUAGUAAAGGUAGGAAGGUACUUCUUCCCCACAGACUUUGCUGUUCUUGAAAUGGAAGAAAGCUUUCAUCCUAUCAUUCUAGAGAGACCAUUCUUGACUACAGCCAGAGCACUCAUUGAUGUUGAGCAAGGGGAGUUGAUAUUGAGAAUACAUGAUGAACAGAUCAUCUUUCGUGUUUUCAAGCCCUCACAUGAAUCUGGACAAGAGAAUAAAGAACCGAAGGGUAAGCACCAGGAGCCAUCCUUGGAGGAAGUAAGCAACAAAUCACAAGCAAAGUCUCCAAAGACCUCAUUGAUAGAAAAACAAGAAGUGCAAGUAAUACAACCAGCAAAGAAGCUCAAUGAGGAAUUGAAGCCACAAGAUUCAAAAGGGGAAGACAACGAGAACCCUCCUAACACAAGAAUCUCUACAGCACCACUUAAAGGAGAAAAGAGAGUUGAGAAGAAAGUGCCAAGAGGAUGGAAAAACAAGAAGAUCCCUACAGAGGAUUUUUCCCUGGGGACAAGGUGA